AUGAUAAACUUCCGGAAGAAGCCAUUUUGGGAAAAAAUUUCGUUCGGAAGACCAGGUCUGAAUGCACUAUUCCAACAUAAUGCCUCAGCAGAUAUCGCACUGUAUGAUGACGAAUUUGACAAAGACUCUGAUAGUAAUGUCGUAAUUACUCCUGCUCCAGACUACGACACAAAAAGCUUUAAAAGUUUCAGAAACUUUCCGACUAUGAAAGGGAGAUCGAAAAAAAUACGCAAAAGUACUGGAUAUUCAUACGAAUCUGACGACAAUGAAAAGAAAUCACAUCAACGGAAACGACAUCAUCAGCACGCUUCAAGCCGAUGUCGAAACCAUUCUCUACAACGAGAUGAAAGGCUUUUUGAUAAUUCUGAUUCGAGUGUUUCUAGUGGAUCGACUUGUAACACAGUGGAUUACAGGGAAGAGCGCUCGAGGCAGAAAGCACCAAAGGAAAAGGGGUCUCGAAUGUGGCAUUGUUCACCUUCCGACGGGAAACGGACAAGAAAAUCUGGAACGCGUUCUUUAAAGAAAUGUGAGAGAGCUUCUGAAUCGUCUCCUGUUUGUAAUAGGAAAAACGAACGGGAAAUUCCUUUGGAAAGGAGACAUGUAAUAGCUACCACUAAAACAAAGGGGAAAACCAAAUAUAGGUCGGAGAUGAACCGGGAGAGGCAAGACAAAAGCUGGGACAGCUACGCUUCCGAUAGUUCUCCUGAGAGAACGGGAGCUAAUUUAACGAAAAACCGGAAACAAGCCAAACCCAAGAAGAGCAAGAAAAUGUCAUUAUCUGACACUGAUGUCGAAGACAACUGGACAAUACGUAAAAAAUCUGGAAAGCCAUCUGACGGUGUGAUGUUAAAGAUUACAAUGGACGAUUUGAGAAAUGUCUUAACAGAAAACGUUUUAUCGGCGGUCAUGCAGGGCAUGGACGAUGGAAGGGGGAAACAAAGAGUGCAAUGUGUGUCCCCGGAAGUACUCACAACCGACACAGAGACACUUAAUAGCGGAUAUUCUGCGGGAAGUGGCAACUCCACUGAAGCAUUAUUACCCCUCAUAUCUGGAAGGCGAAUGUCAUCUGCUUUUCAGCCUGUUCCACAAAGACAGUCAGGAAUGCUGAAGCGAUUUAUUCCCGUACUUUCAUCCUCGAGUUCAGAUAACACGGGAAUGAGUCGGAAUAGUUCUGUGGCUACAGUUAAAACUCUCCUCUCGGGCACGUCCGACUUAGCCGACAUGACAGCAAGGAGUAAAACUACUGGUUACGGGGGAGGCUUCGGGACAGUGACGGCAAACUACGACCAACUAGAAGACAAACUAAUGACGCAAACUAGUUCCCUGCGAGGGCGUCACAUGCGAGAACCUACGGGGGAGAUAUAUGAGGAUAGCAUCCUCAAUGAGGCGAUACAUCAACAUUUUAGUGCUAAAGAGGACAGACACAGUUAUUUCCAGGACGGACAGUCCAGCGGGAGCAAUUUGUCUCCGAGGCUGUCGAUGGACCUAACAGAUGAACUUGGAAAAGGACCUUGUGGUUUGCAGGAUAUGAACGGACGGAGAAUGAGUACGACAUUUAACAGCUUUCAGAAUGGACAAUUGAGCAGUGACUCUGACCUUCAAAAUAUUAAACAAAGACGAGAGUCGAUGCACCAAAAUUUCGGGAGUGCUCUUCCUACCUGUUUUGACCAUAUGUCAUCUCGGAGGCCAAGUUUGUGUAUAGACACAGGACUUUACCAUAUAAAUGAUUUUGGUGUCCCUGGCCCCGCUUAUUUGGCACGAAGGCGUCAGUCACUGCCUGUCAACCUUACUAGCUACCCGUAUUCGGAACUCGCGACCAUCGGAAUGGAGGCUAUCAUGACUGCUACCGAGGCCAAAGUGCAACCUUCAAAAAAAGAAAAAUCGAAGAUAGAAAAAAGCUUAUCGACGGUGCCAGAGGAAAGUGUGGAUGCAAUAGAAGACAAACCAAGGAAAGACACCCAAGAGAAAAUGAACACCAAAUCCACCAAAGAACUUUUGAAGAAUAUAAAGGAAACUGCAAAGGAGAAGAGGAAGUUCAGAGUGACUAAAUCUUUAGCUCUUCUGUCCAGUAUCCUCGUUGUGAUGGCGGGUAUUGGUGUAUUGUGCUUGGGAAUCCUCAACAUGAUGGACGGGGAGGCCCAGAUGUACGUGGCUGUCACAAAGAAGGGCCCAAAAGACAACAGUUUUCAGUACUACUGUUACGGCCUCUGCUUCAUAGGGGCUUCCGUACUUCUAGUCUGCCUCUGCGGCUGUAUAGGAGCCUUGAAGAUCAACACUUGUCUACUUAAAAUGUUUAUUGUGACUUUGGUGCUGCUGCUGACUCUCAAUGGUGUCAUGGUUACCAUGGUAGUGGUAUCACAAAAGGAUUUACCAUCUAUUCCUCUUUUGGCGGCUGUUGUAGACGGGGUGAAAGACGUGGUUCUGGACCACAUGAAGACGAACCUGCGGGAUUCCUACAAAGCUGGCUCGUUGGUGGCUCGAGCGUGGGACCAGCUACAGGUGCAGAUGGAGUGCUGUGGGUGUCAGAGUCAGAACGACUACAAGUAUAGUGCCUGGUGGAACGUCACCUCAGACUCUAAGACAAAUAUGCCAGACAGUUGUUGUAUAGUCGCUGUAAAGGAUAUUGAUGACCUCAAACCAACCAACAAAUUUCUGUGUCAGUCGAUGACGCCGGGAUUCUGGCACAACACGGGGUGCCAUGAUGUACUUAUGGUAUGGUACAAACAAAACAGCGUCAUGGCGUUCGGAGCCACCAUGGGUUUAGUUGCCCUCGAGAUUUUGAGCCUAAUUUGCACUGUCCGGUUAUACAGAAGUCUAACACAGAAGACGGCGACCAGCGCGAGCAAUAUUUAAACGAGGUUUAACUAUUGGAAUACACUUAAAAAUAACGUCGUUAACUAUAAAAAAUGAAAACAUGAUCAAUAUUACAUUAAUUUAAUCUAAUUAAUAAU